UAAACAAAAUCCGAUGAUGGGUUGUCACUUGGUUACGAGAAAAAUUUUCCCUCAUUUUUCUCGAGAAAUAAAAUUUCCAUGUCUGACACUGAGAUUCUAUUCUUACAAUUCCUUCUCACUUUAAUUUUUCCCUUCUCAUUGUUUGUUUCCAGUUCCACUGAUCUCUCGAUAGCCCCGUCGUGGAGAACUCGCUGACCCCAUUCUUAGACUUGUUUCUCCAAUCCGAAGUUUUGAUCUUUUUCUAGAUUUUGAAAUUGGAACAUGAUUUUUGGUCAACUGGGUCAAAUGGGUUUCUUCCAAAUCUUCAAAUUGUUCUAAAUCCUUUCUAUUUGAAAUUUUGCUUUUUGUGUGUGUUUGUUUGUUCGUGUGUGUGGUUGUUGGUGGGAAUGGAUUCCAAGGAUGUUAAUGGUAACAUCAAGGAUAAACACAAACCUGUUGUGGCCUCUUUAGGUGGUGAGAAGGUUGAAGAUCACGUCAACGGUGAAGAUGAUAGUGAUUCCAAUGCUUUGUUGCCUCCUCGGAGAGGUGGCAUGUCCAGAAACUGUGACAAGACUCGCCGGAAAGUGCAGUGGAAUGAUAGGAACGGGAACAAGCUUGCUGAGGUGUUGGAAUAUGAGCCAAGUGAUGUUAGUGACUCAGAAGAUGAGGAUUCAGAUUCUUGCAUCUGUACAAUAAUGUAGAAACCAUCUUGAUAAUUGUCUCAAACUCUGCUGGAUCAGGGAGGCAUUAUUGUGGCUUGCCAACCCUGAUAUUGACCAAAACAUGACAACUCAGCAGGUUUGAUCUUUGUUUUGAGGUGGGAUCAACAUUCCAACGCGCCAAGACAAGCAACUUCUCAUGUCUACCAAGCAAUGGAUCCAGUUUAGCUUACUGGGUUUUGAGAUGAUUUCAUAGAUGGACUUUGGGGUGAGUUCUCGGACGUAGAACAAAAUACACAUGAUAGCAAUAUGAUUUGGGCAGUGAUGAUAGCAUUCAUGCUUAGCCACAUCUACUGAUACUGUAAAAGCUGUGCACUCAAUUGCUUUAAUCAUCAUCUUUCUAAUUAAAGUGGAGACCCCUCUAUUAAAUAUUUCCUUUUGUUUUCUAGUUCCUCAAUAUAUGGAACAAAUUCAAGUAAUUAUGCUGAAACAUAGUCCUUUUGUACUGCUGGUAUCUUUGCUGCAGAAUAAGCGUUUAUAUUCAGUUCUACUUUUUAUGUGAAUCUACUCUUCAUAUUAUGUUGUACAGACUCUCUAGACAAAAGUCUUAUAUCCUACUAUGUUUCACUUGACCACAA